UAUAGGAAGUGUCGCGAUAGUUACCCUCAGUUCUACUGUGACAGUCUCAUAAAGUCUCGUGUAUAGUUUAACGUUUACUAAUUUAACGAUAAAGACCGUGUCUGUUAUUUCUAUCGGUCUCUCGCUGUGGUGUGCUCAGUGUUAAAAGUUCAUGUCGGUUUCUGACGCGUUUUUCUACCUCUCGUCAUGCCUGUCAGAGCAGAGUGCUGCUGUCCAACCGGCGCGGCCUGUCCAUCCUCGGCCUGUCUUGUUCCGCCCGCCCCGAUCAACACCCACCAACCCGGGGUGUUCACCUCUCUGCUCUGCAGCGGCGCUCAGUAUCGGGGUUAUCAGAGGAGUAAAGGGAACUCUUACGAUGUUGAAGUUGUUUUACAGCAUGUGACCAUGGAGGACUCAUAUUUGUGUGGAUACCUGAAGAUCAAAGGCCUGACUGAGGAGUUUCCCACUCUUACUACGUUCUUUGUUGGUGAAAUUAUUAGCUGGAGGCGGCCUUUUUUAACACGGAAGUGGGAUGCAGACGAGGAUGUGGACAGAAAGCAUUGGGGGAAGUUUCCCGCUUUUUACAAAUAUGGAAAAUCAUUUAACUCGGACAACUUUGACUACAGAGCCUUGGAAAACAGUGACUACAUCUUCAUGAGGUGGAAGGAGCAGUUUCUUGUUCCCGACCACACAAUCAAAGACAUCAGCGGUGCCUCCUUCGCAGGCUUCUACUACAUUUGCUUCCAGAAGUCCACAGCCACCAUUGAGGGCUACUAUUACCACAGGAGCUCAGAGUGGUACCAGUCACUCAGUCUAACCCAUAUUCAGGAGCGCAGUAUGCCUAUUUAUGAAUUUCGGUGAUAUAAAUUCUACAUGAAGAGAUGGCUCAUAGCGCUCUGCGAAGACCUGGGACACGAUGCCAGCAAACCGCUGGAUGGCGAAUUUUCCUCCUUGGAAGGAAAACUAAGCAGUAGCCAGACGUCCCGUCCUCGUUGCAGAAAGUAAAGCAUGGAUGGAAGAAGAGCUGAACAGAUGGAGACUUAUGAGGCAAAACCAUUCAAACUGAUAUAAGAAAGUCAUUGGUUUCCUAUUUUGCUUGUUUUAUUUGAUUAUUUUUCAUGUAUUUUAUUGCUCUCUGCUAUAGAGCAUCACAGUUGGCUUUGGACUUUGGAUGCAUGUUGCACUUUUAGUGAAGGUUUGCCAAGGAAAAAAAAAAGCUAAUUUUGUUCUUCGAUGAAAAUCUAUUUUUGAUAGAAAAUGUUUAACCAAAUUAAUUUAUUCUGGGUUUAUGGAUAAAAGUUUGUAUUAUAACAAAGGUUAUUUAAGAUGAUUGAUUGAAAAUCGGAACAUUAUUAUUAACCAUGGUUUCCAUAAAUGGUUUUCUAUGCAAGUCAAAUAAUUGUAGAGGUAAGAUUGUUACUAGCCUCUAGCAUGUUUUUUUUUUUUUUUCUUCUAUAAUAAUUCCGACUCUUGUUUUAUUAGAAAUGCAUGAUGUUAAAUAACUUGCCCAAUUAUAGACUGAAAAGUUAGAGAUCCUUUGGUUUGGGAACAGUAGACUGUUCCUUUUGUAAAGUUUAUUAUUAAAAAAAAUAAAUGCUUAAAUUUGGAAAAGGUGGAGGCAAGUUCUGAGACCUGAAAGUGAGAAAAAGGACCAAAGGGAAAUUCUCACUAAGAAAAAAAUCUGUUGCCUUACAAUUUGAAUCGCUUGUAAAGCUUCUCUUAAACUUCUUGGGCUGGAAUUUGAUUUAGUGGAAAUAAUUAGAAAUAUCUCUUCAGGAUCCUCUAAGCUUCCCUGAGCAGAGAUUAUGUUAAACCUAAGUGCAUUAAACUGUUCACCUACAGUUUUACAGCUGAGCUUAAGCAAGUUUUCAUUGAACCAGUGAAAUUAAAUGCAUAUGUCACAAUCAUCAAUUGUUUUUUAUUUAUUAAUCAUGUAACAGGAUUUAAGAUGUGCAAUGGUAGAUGUUUAGGAGUUUAUCAUGAGAAUGUCUGUUUGAUGAUGUUGAGCCAUUUGGACAUUGAGGUGAAAUAAACUUUUAUGCAAAUGUGUGCAA